GAGAGGGAGAGAGAGGGCGAGAGAGAGGGAAAAGCAGAGGGAAGGGAGAGCAGAAGAGCUUAGAGAGGGGAUCUGCAUUGCAAGUAGCUCUGAGUGCAGCAAGCGGUGGCUGUUUUUUCUCAACCUGUUUUUGUUUUUCUGGAGAGGGGAACAAGAACAAGGAGAAGAUCCGAGCGGAGGAGUGCAGUUUAUAAAAGUCCAGGCUGUGUCUAAAGCUACAGGGAGGACGAGGGAGGAGAGAAGCCGGGAGGAACACAAGGCAGCAAUGGAUAACAGAGUCCAGUCUGACCCUGGGAUGGCCUGGAUUCACACACUGCUGCUGAACUCCAUCCAGCACACACAUUAGGCUGCUAACGCCACUGAGCUCUCAUGUGCCCGUUCAGCGAUGCUCCCCGGGUAUGGGUUCUCACCUUUGCCUGACUUCCAGCCUCACCUUCAUGCCAUUCGCUGCCCAGGAGAAGCCCCCAGCAUGUGGAUCCCGGGCGGCUCGGCAGAGUCCCAGAGUCUGAGUGAAUCCACCGAGGACAGACGUCUCAUCCACAUGUGUCACCACAAGCACGUUGCUGUGUGCCAGCAGGAAACGCUGGCCUUUUUUGAGCUACAGCCAACAGCGACUCACAAAUUAAAUGGUUUUGGCUCCUCGAGGCCGGCCAUUAUACCACACGCACAGUGCACAACACACUCGCAGCAUCUGAAUGGUUGCAGACAGACGCUAAACGAACAGAAUGACACAUGCAGCAGAGGCCGCAGGACAGACAGCGAGCGUGGAACAAAUCUGAAUUCGAACUCUCCCACACUCGCCGCAGGUGACGGCGAGCUUGAAUGCCAAAAUGGCAGCAGGACUCGUUCGCAGGAGGAAACUGAAAAGCCACAAACGGUCACGACAGUAUGUCGUCCUCUCCACGCUGCUCUUAGCCUCCCUCUAUCGUUCCCUCUGUCCUCUCUGUACACAAACAGAGACUCCUUGGAAUCUCAGCUACCGUCGUCACCAGAAUGUCCUGGCAUUCAGGGCCCAGACUCCUGCCAGCCUCAGAGGAGAACAUCACAGGCUUCCCUGAAAGAGAAAUCCAUCCGGAGAAAGAUGCAGGUUUAUUCCCCAGACAGUCCGAGUGAUGAAUCGCUCAGCAGCCCAGUCCUGGAAGCAGACUACAUCUUUCCUGGACCUUUUGCAUCUUUCUUAGAGGAAGACCUCAGCGGAAUAUCUUCACUAGAGACCAUUUCAAGUCCCUCAUCCACAGACGGUGCUACGGAUCUCUCAAACACCAGUCACGAUGAUAUUUUUAAUCUACCCGAAGAACCGUUGCAGAUAAUAGAGGACUCGAUGCCAUGUGUAGGAGAGGUGAGUGGCAGCAUGGACACAUCGAUCGCCGCGGGUGGAGGGAGCUCUUUGUCACGCACCCGCCAAGGCGACCAGGAACGGCGGCGCUUCUCAGCUUCAGAGAUAAUAUCGAGGCUUCAGCUAUCGCAAAGGAAGAACUCCUUCACCUUGAAGCUGGGGAAGUCGCUCUCUGCUCGGGUAGCCUCCAGGGACAGACAGAGCUCCAGCAACCUCAACCCCAACACCGACUGUAAGUCAAACUCAAAGCAGCGGAGCUCAGGAGGCUCCAGUGACAGCGCUCCCCAGAGUCCCGUGGGACCAGCACCUUCCUUUCCCAGCAGUGACAAUGGGAUGCCUUUGCAACGCUGGAGCGCCAAGCUCGGAAUGCGUAAGAAAUCCAUAGAGGAGGACCUGAACACACAUCCAUCUGUUCCUAGUUCAAAUCGACUGUCACGGUUUUUACCCAGCUCGAUUCUGUACCAGGAAUACAGCGACGUCGCCAUCAAUAGAGAGAUCCAGAGGCAGCAAGGGAAGGAGCCGGGCACAGAGGAGGAGGGGCUCAGGGAGGAGGGCUCUGAUGGGAUCCCGUCUCCAUCAAAUCUGUCCCCAUCCAGCUCCUUUCGCUCAUCGCGAGGCUCUGCUUUUGCACUGUGGCAGGAUAUACCUGAUGUUCGAAGCAGCGGGCAGCUCGACAACUUCAGCAACGAAGAAAGGAAAUUACAGGAGGCAAAGUUUGAGCUGGUGACGUCCGAGGCGUCGUACAUUCGCAGCCUGACAAUCGCAGUGGACCACUUCAUGCUAUCACCGGAGCUCGCAGACUGCCUCGGGGCUCAGGAAAAGCAGUGGCUCUUCUCCAAGCUGCCCGAAGUCAAAGAUGUCAGUGAGAGAUUUCUUCAGGAUCUGGAGCACAGGCUGGAAGAAGACAUUCUCCGUUUCGAUGUGUGCGACAUCGUCCUGGACCACUGCCCGUCUCUGCGAAGGGUUUAUUUACCCUAUGUCACCAACCAGGCUUACCAGGAGCAGACAUACCAGCGUUUGCUGCACGAAAACCCUCGUUUCCCCGGCAUCCUGGCUCGCUUGGAGGAGGACCCCAUCUGCCAAAGACUUCCUCUGACCUCUUUCCUAAUCCUCCCGUUUCAGAGGAUCACGCGGCUUAAAAUGCUAGUGGAGAAUAUCUUAAAGAGGACAACACCGGGUUCCCGAGAUGAGGACACCGCCACCAAAGCUUUCAAUGAGCUAAAAAAGAUCAUCAAAGAAUGUAACUCCAGUGUGCAGUCGAUGAAAAGGAUGGAGGAACUCAUCCAUCUCAACAAGAAAAUCCACUUUGAGGGCAAGAUCUUUCCUCUUAUUUCCCAGUCACGUUGGCUGGUAAAGCACGGAGAACUCCUGGAAGUAGACACUCAGACAAUGAGCAUCUCUGGAUCAAAGCUCAAGUUACCCACCAAGCCAGUGUACCUCCACCUGUUCAAUGACUGCCUGCUGCUGUCCAGGAGGAAGGAUACAUGGAAGUUUAUGGUGUUUGUACACGCUAAAAUCGGAGAGUUGAAAGUGAAGGAUCUCAGUCAGAAGCUGCAGGGGAUCUCAGGCUUCAUCUUCCACCUACAGCUGUGUGAAGGCCAGCAGCUCAAACAUCAGAUUCUGCUCAAAUCACACACCGAGAGCGGGAAGCAGAGAUGGAUCACCGCCAUGUUUCCGUCUGACCCGCUCGUAGACAUCGAGCAAGCCAAUGAAAAUGAUGAUAUAUCGCAAGUUCAGUGCAUCAAAAGCUACCAGGCUCAAGAGCACGAUGAGUUAACACUGGAAAAAGCUGACAUUCUUCACGCCAAGACAAUUACAAGUGAUGGCUGGGUGGAAGGCAUCAGGCUGUCAGACGGGGAGCGGGGCUGGUUCCCCAAAUGCUACGUGGAGGAAAUCACAAGUCGCAGCGCGCGCCUCCGCAACCUCAGAGAAAAUAUCCGCAUCAAAUGUGUCACACAGAAACUGAAGGGAGAGCACUAACUCUUUUUAACUUGCAACUUGUCAUGUGUUAAAGUUGCAUUUUGAAGCUUGUGGAUGAUUGUUUUCUUUUUUAGAUGGACGUGGGACCUCCGUAAAGUAUGCAGGUGCUAAAACAAGCCAACGUGUUUUGAUUGUUAUCCCCGUGGUUGACAUUAGCAGUUUCCUUUGGCACACUAGCUCCAGAAAGAGAGUGCAAAGCUUCUAAUGCUCAUUUUCCAUUUGUAGUUUAGACUUUCCACACGUAAGACUGUAAACUACACAGGGGGAUUACUUUAUGCAUGAUUCGGUACCAUUUUUACAGGCUGGAAAGAAUGAAGAAUGUCUGGGGCGAUCGUGGCUCAAGAGUUGGGAGUUUGCCUUGUAAUCGGAAGGUUGCCGGUUCGAGC